AUGGCUGCCCGGACGUUGCGUAAACGCGGCGUCGAAAGCCAAAAGGAGACUUCAGCGAAGAAGCAAAAGACCAAUGCCGAAACCCAGGUCAAGGACGAGUUUCCAGAAGAACUUCCGCACAAUCUCGGACCUGUUCGUGCAACUCAUAAGAAUGCCCGGAAAAUCCGGACCCCCCCAAGAGAAUCGCUGGAGUCAAUCAAGGCCAUCAAGGUGGAAGAGGUUUCGUCUGAAGCUCCGCCAAGCACCAAAGCUCUGAAUCCACCUUCACCACAGGAGACAAAGCCUGUGACCCGGCGGACAUUGCGACCGCGGCAAACAGCCGCCAAAUCCUCCUAUUUUGAGUCAGAUGAGGAGUCGAGCACGAAACCCCAGGCUAAGAGGUCGAGUAAAUCUUCUUCCAUCAAGCAGGAAGUCAAAGAUGAGGAUGAAGACGCCAAUGUGACGAUGGGAGCACCAGUCCGCAAAACGGCCAAGAAGACCAAGGAAAAUCCAUACGGGCUUACUCCUGGUAUUACACCUUUUCCUGAGUGGGAAGCUCCAUCAGAAGAAGACUGCGACGAAGCCUAUCGUCGACUGGCCAAAAUCCACGGAGAGGCCAAUGCCCCUGAGAAGAUACCAGCACCGUCUCUUGAAGUCUCAGGCUGCGGAGAAGUUCCAUCUGUCCUAGACGCUUUGAUUAGAACCCGCCUAAGCGCGAACACAUCGAACCGCAACUCCAGCGCAGCAUUUCGCGGACUGGUGAGCACUUUUGGAACUAUCGACAAAGGCAUUGGUAAGGGCAGUGUGGACUGGAACAAAGUCAGAACUGCCCCUCUUCCAACCAUUGUUGAAUCUAUCAAAACCGGCGGUCUGUCUCAGGUUAAAGGAAAGGAUAUCAAAACAAUCUUAGAGCUAGUCUAUGAAGAGAACACGAAGCGACGAGAGGCUUUCUUGGAAGAGAAGAGCGGAGGCAAAGCAACGGGACUCACCGGAGCAGAGGGUAAGACACAGGGUCAAAAAGACCUGGAGAUCUUGAAGACAGACCAAGAGAUUCUUUCGUUGGACCAUAUACAUGGGAUGGUCCCGGACGAAGCGAUGCAGACGCUUACCAAGUUUCCUGGCAUCGGCGUUAAGACGGCAUCCUGUGUUAUCCUCUUUUGUCUGCAACAGCCUAGCUUCGCAGUUGAUACCCAUGUGCACCGCAUUAGUGGAUGGUUGAAAUGGAUGCCACCGAAAGCCACUCGAGAUCAAACGUUCAGUCACUUGGAAGUCCGCAUACCCGACCACUUGAAGUAUGGGCUGCACAAAUUGUUUGUUCAGCAUGGGCGAAGCUGCAUCCGCUGCAGAGCAAACACAAGUGAGGGGAGUGAGGAGUGGAAUAAAUCGGAGUGUCCACUUGAUGAGCUCAUGGAAAGAACAGGCAAACGGCAGUAUGGAGGCAAAGCGGGAUCAAAGGAGGCAAAGGUAGAGGACAGUGAUUAA